AUGUGUUACUCUAUGAUCAAGUCCGCGGCCUUGGCUGUUCUUUCUUUGGGCUUCGUCUUCUCCGGUGUCAACGCCGCUCCCACCAGAAACUCAAAGGAUCUCGCAGUUAGAGCUGGAGGUCCUGAUAGCUGGAAGCCCAAGCCCGUACCGGCCGUAUUCGACAGGGGCUUCUACAAGUCUUUGGAUACCAUGCUCUCUGGUCCAGUUCGGGGCAACUACUCCGAUAUCAAGGCGAAGUCGGCCGGUUCGACAUCUUUUGAUACCAAGGUGGACCGGAUUAACAUCUUCAAGAAGAAGAACACCAUCACGUUACAAGAUGGCGACAACGACAACGACCCGACGCCCGUGGAAAACCAGCAGAGUCUCUCGGAAAUCAUGACGGCGCUGUUCGAGGCCGACACCGGCACUAAGAUCACCAACCUCAGCGUGAUCAAGUUCGACACAGUCGUCGAGAAGGAUACCCGCGCUCAGAUUGACGCCGCCUACGCCAAGCUCAACCUCGACCCCGCCACCGCUAGCUUUAUUGUGAGGAAGGACUCGGUUGUCCAGUUCAGCAUCCCCAAAGGUGUUGCUCAGUUUGACGUCUCUCCCAACCGGGUCUUGGUCGUCACCCUGGAGUAG